AUGUCAAAAAUUGUGCACGACGCCAUUCAGAGUCUCUUUCCGGACAAUUGCUUCGAAGAACUGCUAAUCAACUUUAAUUUCUUCCAUCGUGAGUUUUAUUUUGAGCCUGAUAAACUCGAUUUCAAAGCAGAACCUUUCAGCAACAUGCCCGAAAGCAGUUCUUAGCCGUGGUCUUGGUUUCGCCAUCACGAUCGGCUCGAUUCUCCUCUUCGUGCCUCAGAUUCUGAAAAUCCAGGCUGCUCGCAGUGCCCAGGUAUUAAAAUCGCUCUAAAAACCUGAAAAAGGAGUCAUUUUCAGGGAAUCUCCGCGUCGUCUCAACUUCUGGCUCUCGUCGGAGCGAUCGGAACUGCUUCGUACAGUUACCGGUCGGGAUUCGUGUUCAGUGGCUGGGGGGACUCGUUUUUCGUCGCCGUUCAGCUCGUCAUCAUCCUCCUCCAAAUCUUCCUCUUCUCCGGACAAGUCGUCGUUUCCGUCGGAUUCCUGGGAGUCGUUGGAGCCGUCGCAUACGGAGUCAUCAGCAAAACCAUUCCGAUGAAUGCUCUCGUCGCCGUUCAAACCGCCGGAAUUCCGAUUGUGGUCGUUUCGAAGGUGAGAGUCCGAGUUUUCUCGGCAAAACAAAGUUUAAUUUUUAUUGCAGUUGCUCCAAAUCUGGCAGAACUAUCAGGCUCAGUCAACCGGACAGCUCUCCUUGAUCUCAGUUUUCCUUCAGUUCGCCGGAACAGUCGCCCGAGUGUUCACUUCGGUGCAGGACACCGGUGACAUGCUUCUCAUCGUUUCUUACUCGACUGCCGCUGUUCUCAACGGCCUCAUUUUUGCCCAGUUCUUCAUGUAUUGGUCCAACUCGGCGGCUGCCAAAAAGAAGAGAAACUAG